UUUAUUGCUUUAAUGCUAUGUGCAGCAAAUAUGAGUAGAAGCCAGUAGAAGUUCUAGUAGAGUCAGCAGUCAGUUAAUUUGUAAGUCAGAAUUAGAAAUUGCCCUCUGCUUUUCUAAAAGCACCCAAGUUUAACGGAGGAAUCAUUGUGCUUAGCUGAGCUAUCAUUUUAAUCAUUUCUAAGUGGUUGAGAUUUAAAUGGGCGUGGAUGCUCUGCACUUACUUACUGAAACCUUUUUAGUUUGCUGUAUAACAACUGAGAUAUGGAGGACUGCAAAGACAUUGAAAAAAUCCAGCUAAAGAAGCAAGAUGAGUACAUCUCUUUAGAUGGAAAAAGCCUUACAACUGCUGAUUUGGUCAGUUUGGGAAAAGACCAUUAUAAGAUUAAGCUGAGUGCCAAGGCAGAGGAGCGUGUGAUAAGAGCUAAGGAUGUUAUCGAGAAGCUCAUAUCUGAAAAACAAGUUGUUUAUGGAGUUAAUACAGGGUUUGGAAAAUUUGCACAGACCGUUGUGGAAGAAGAUCAACUUAAGGAACUGCAGGAAAAUCUUGUCCGCUCCACAAGUGCUGGGGUUGGACCCCCACUAAGUCCAGAAAGGACUCGGAUGCUUCUUGCUCUCAGGAUCAAUAUCUUAGCCAAAGGUUAUAGUGGCAUUUCACUGGAGACACUUCAGAAAAUGGUGAAAGCCUUUAAUGCCUCCUGUCUCUCCUGGGUUCCUGAACAAGGGACAGUCGGGGCAAGUGGAGACCUGGCCCCGCUAGCUCACCUGGCUCUGGGGCUGAUGGGAGAAGGACGCAUGUGGUCACCACAGACCGGCUGGACUGACGCCAAAACUGUACUCGAAGUACACGGUCUGACCCCAAUAUCACUGAAACCCAAAGAGGGUCUUUCUCUGAUUAAUGGGACUCAGUUUAUAGCCUCACUGGGUGCUGAGGCAGUAGAGCGAGCAGCAGCGAUCACCCGGCAGGCUGAUGUCAUCGCUGCUCUCACGUUAGAGACACUGAAGGGAACCAACAAAGCUUUCGACAUUGAUGUCCACGCAGUGCGGCCUCACCCGGGUCAGAUAUUAGUUGCCCAGAGAUUUCGCUCACUGCUUCAUUCUGAUUUCUUUCCCUCAGAAAUCACAGAUGAAAAGUCUUAUAGAGGUGUUCAGGAUGCCUAUACCCUGCGAUGCUGCCCUCAGGUGCACGGAGUAACCAAUGACACGAUUGCUUUUGUGAAGAACAUUCUAAACACAGAGCUAAACAGUGCCACUGACAAUCCUCUGGUCUUUCCAGAGCGUGGAAUCACUAUAUCAGCAGGAAACUUCCAUGGAGAAUAUCCUGCCAAGGCUUUAGACUUCCUGGCUAUUGGAGUGCACGAGCUGGCAAGUAUUAGUGAGCGACGUAUCGAGAGGUUGUGUAACCCCUCACUCAGUAAUCUGCCUGCCUUCUUGGUGAAAGAAGGAGGAAUAAACACAGGCUUCAUGGUGGUCCACUGCACUGCUGCUGCUUUGGUGUCUGAAAAUAAGGUGCUGUGCCACCCGGCCUCUGUGGACUCUUUGUCCACCAGUGCAGCUAUAGAGGACCAUGUGUCUAUGGGGGGCUGGGCAGCCAGAAAGGCCCUGAAGGUGGUUGAGCAUGUUGAGCAAGUCCUUGCUAUAGAGUUACUUGCUGCCUGCCAGGCUCUGGAGUUCCACCGACUUAAGAGCACAGCACCUCUGGAGAAGGUCUAUGAACUGGUGCGCUCUGUAGUCAGGCCCUGGGACAAAGAUCGUGUUAUGAGCUUCGAUGUUGAAGCAGCUCACCAGCUGCUCCUAGAGGGAAAGGUGUGGGAGGCAGUGCUACCAUAUAUGGAGCAGUACAAGAGGAGUGAACACGUUUAUCUUUCUGCUGCAAAUUGCGCAUCCGAAUUAAUUUUGUUUUGACGGUAUUACUGUCAGAUUUACCCCUGAAACUGACCUGUAGGCAUAUUGUGAGCCCCGGAAUUAUUGGCACGUCUCAUGAAAAUAAGCAGAACGUACUAUAAAAUAAAUUACACAUUCAAUGAG